GCCAGGGCAGCAGCCUCCGCUCUGCAAACCACCCUUCUUCAGCGCGACCACCGCCUCGCCACUCGCGGAAAAUUGUCACCUGUGAAAUGCGUCGGUCUUCGUACACGCCCGAGCCACUGAUUGUGGUGGAGGAGGCGAUCAAGGAGGACGACGAAAAAGAGCUUGAGGGCGCAGUCGGCGGUUCGGACAACGCGCCGUCCGACGAGGACUAUGACGACGACACGACCGACCCCGCCUUCCUGUGUCCGUGGCGUGACGCUCGGGACAUGCGGAAGCGCAGUCUGCCGACGCCGUCGUGCACUUCAGGCAUCACGGCGAGCCAGGUGCGCCGGCUGUCCGAGGGCAGACAGUCGGAAAUCGCCAAGGAGACCGCCUUCCUCGCCACGCUGACCACCAACCCGACCCCUGGACGCAGACACUCGGUCACCAUCUCCAAGUUCCCGCCGACGGGCAUCUUCAACCGUGGACGCAGGGAGUCGUUCGCCGCGUUCCCCGUCGCCAGGCGCGACUCGUCCAGCUUCAAUCUGCACCUGGACAUCAUGGACGACAUCGCCGAAAUCAAGGGCGCGCGAAAGGCCAAGAUGAAAAUCUACAAGACUGACAGCAGGGAGCAGGUUUGCGAGAUAGAGGAGAGCGGCACGUGUGGUUCGCCAGUGCGCUUCCAGAGCAUGGUGUGCACCGGAACUCUACGGACGCCGGCGAUGGAGGUGCGCAGGCACUCGGAGGCGGCCGGUCUCGCCAGUCUGGUGCCCUCACUGGCCGUGCAGCCGAAGCGCAAAUCGUCCGAGCAGCUGUGCGUGGUUGGGCCCGGCGCCGCCGGCAUCGUGUGCACCAACUCGGACCUCAAGAGUCUGUUGUCGCUGACGUCGUCGGCGCAGGAAAUCAACACCGGCGCCGACGAUAAGGUGGCGGCCAAGACGGCGUCCGAGGAGGAGUCGCACGCCGAGAAGCGGUCGCGCCUCAAGGAUUCGCGUUCCAGCAGCUUCGACAUGGCCAUCCUGCAGCAGGAUGACGGCGCCGACGGCGACGCCGCUGGCGGCGCCACCCAGAAGUCGAGCAAGGUCAGCCCGACCUCUUGGUUCGCCAAGCGGCACCAGCCCAUGGCGAAGAAGGAAGAGGUCGCCUCCAAGCCAGAAACGCCCAAGGUGACCUUCACCGCCCCCGAGGAGGUCACCGAGGUCACGGAGGUCAAGGCAGGCCGAUCCAAACGCAGUCAGAGCUGCGUCGAGACGGCCAAGAGGCUCGUCUGGGACAGGCCGAGCGGCUCCGUGGUCGACGCACACAUUUUGGGCAGCGCCAUCGAGGACUUCCUGCGCAGGGGCAGCGACCCUGAGGGGAUUCCCGCCCCCGAGGACAAGGAGGCCGAGGCCAAGGGAGCCGAAAAGGAGCAGAGUUCGUCCGGCGGCUCCUCCUCAAUUUGCUCGACGCUGAAGGAUUUGUUCGUCAAAUAGCUAGGACUUUGACUUUCCCGAGACGACCCGUGGUGAAAUUGAAAAAAAAAAUUAAAAAACGCUUGACGUGCGCCGACCCCCGCGCGGGUGAAUCAAGAAUAAAUUUUAUUCCUGAGAUCGUGGUCGGAGGCACUGACGAUAAAUUAAUCGAUGUACAAUCUAGAGUGAUUGAGAGAAUGGGAGCGCAGCUUAUUGUUAAUAUUUUGUUAUUGAUGCAAUUUCUCCUCUCAAAAUUUAUUUAUUAAAAAUUGGAGUUAUGAAAAAAGUUCAAAUUUCGCAUGCAUCCAGAAGAAAGGGGGAUUAAUAUUUAUUUAAAUUAUUAAAAUUAUUAAUAUUAACUUGAAACUUAUUCACAUUUUUAGCAUUUUUAUUUUGUAUUAUGCUUAUCACCAUUUAUCUUUUCAUACGCUUCAGAAUUCCUAUAAAAAUUAAAUUUCUUUUAUAUUAAAAAUGGAAAUCAUUGUAUCAAUUUUUAAAUCUUCAUUUGAUACUUUCCAGAAAGUAGUAGAUCAGAAAGAAAUUGCAAGUAAGUGGAAGUAUUUUUCUUGCCAUUUAUUAGUGCCAAAAAAGCAGUGCAUCAUUUUUCGAAAGUACGCGAUACAUAAACACGACAAAAAGGCAGCGAAAUCAAAGCAAACCAAAGGCAAGACGGGUGUCAAGUGGCACAAGCACUAUACUAGCGCGCUGCAUUGUAUUUCAUAUAUAAUCCUCUCUGUGAUAUACGACCCUAAUUGACCAUUAAAAUGUGUUUCUCGUCUCUAAGCCCAGCAACAAAACCCCUGCCCCAAUGUAAGAUUCGCGAAAACACGACGAAUCAAAAUCGGGGAAAUAUUUAGACCAGCAGAGCUUGCAGAAAAAUGUUCAGUUUUCCCGUUCCCAAGGACAAUCAAAAUUAUGAACUAAACCAAAUAGAAUUGCGAUUAAUUCAAGAAACAACAGAUUCUAAUCAAUUGAUACACAAUAAGUCACUAGACGGAGAGAAAAAAAACUUUCAAUAGUCAUGAGUAAUCGCAAAAUCCCUUGAUUGGGUAUUAUUUUAAACCAGGAGCAUGUCUGCUGAAGUGUCGACUAAAAUCAAAAAUACCAGGGCCUAAUAUUCUAAUUAUUGUGCAAACAAGUAUUUUAGAAUUUGUGUAUUCUUCAUUUAGACCGAGGCAAAAUAAAAAACAUCCGGCUCUGGAUCCAUACCUGAAUGGCAAAUAAAAAGAAAGAGAAACGUAUUUAAAGCAGAAUAAUAAAUUGUAUAAUGACAAAAAAAAAAUAACUAAGCUGUUUUAAAAUAAUAGAGUUGAAUCUUGACGACAAAUUAACGAUGUUCCCACAUCCUUCUGUAGCAAUAAAGUGAAAAAUCGUUUCUAUCAUAAGAUAAAUGUGGACGCAGAGCUUUUUCAUAAUAGUCUUUUUAGCUCUGAAAUUCCUGGCUUCUGUAGAUUGUAAGACGUUUCCAUAAGAUAUAAUUUAUUAGAAUUAAAAUAAGUGUUGCAAGAGAGAGGACAAAGAUGUCGUUAAUUAAACAAAUAAGAAGAAUAUUUGAGGAAAAAAGUGUUAUUCCAAUGAAAAGUUUUGAAGAAAUUUUAAUUUACAAUGAAAAAUUUGGAUAUUUUUGUUAAGGUGCGUAAUGAAAUUUGACUCCCUCCAAUUCGGAAAAAUGUAAUUAUUUAGCUCCGAAAUGAUAAAUUAAAAAUGGAAGUUUGGACGUUUCAAAAUAAUAUAUAAAAAAGUUUUAUUUGGAAUAAUGCUGGUUCAUAUCGAAAAACCUCUGGCUGUUCAUAAGUGUAUUAAUUAAAGUAAUCAGUAGCACAAGCAGUGACUUCAGCUGUUCUAUAAACAAACAAUUCUGCUGAAAAAAAAUGCAGUGUCCGCAAUGCACGUAAAUUAUAUCAGUUUUGUUUGGAAAUCAAAUUUAAUAACGCGUCCUAUCUUUGAUGUUUUGUGCCGAGAUGGAGAACAAAUCAAAUCAAAUGUAUAAAAGUUUUUAUACAUCUGCAGAUUUAACAAGUCUCACGUUCCCAGCCGUUCGGAUUUGUAUAUAACUUUGACAAUAUGAUAAUCAUAACUCUGAAAUCAACACGUGUUUGUUGCGCCCGCGGACUCUAUUUGUAAGAUUGCAUUUUUGAGCUACGUGUCUAACUACUUGUUUUUCUGUCUGUCUGUCUGUGUUCAUCCCGCACUACAAGAGUGUGUCUGCAAAUCGCUUAUAUUUUACAAAAAUAAUAAAGCAGUCUGUGU